AUGCCUGAUACCAGUUACCGAACCUAUAAUGUAGAUGAUUACGACCCAGCUCAAUUCUACGAACACCAUGAAAAUCAAGGAACCCCGAAUUCCGGUCCAGAUGUAAUUCAAGUUCGUCAAUUUUUGGAUUCAAAUAAAUUAGAAGAUGCUCUCAAAUCUGUAAUCCUUUUACCACCACUAGGACAUGCUGAGCAGGAUCUCAAAGAGCGAUGCACAAGUCUUGUUGUCCUGGUUCUUCACUCGUUCAAAUCUGUAGAUAUCGAAGAAAUGGUUAGAAAAUUGGAAUUAGAGGAUGGUGAUAUUCUGAUGAACCAUAUGUCAGUCACUGCUGACGUGGCAUUCGCAUCUUGUGGAGAGAUUCGGACAUGGAUCGAUAAUUCGAGUAUUCUCUGGAAGGUUGAGAUUGUAAUGAAGAGCAUUUUGGAACUUUAUAACUUGAAUAUUAAGAUUUUAACUGGAAAUAAAAUUUGUUGCAAAGAUGGCUGGUCGUCGGAAGGUGAAGGAAGCAGUAAAAAUGGAGACGUCUCUGAAAACCCUAGUCAUAAAACAGUUUUUAUUCCUAGAGUAAUAACGAGAAGUAAUGAGAUAAAUAGGAACAGUGAAGAAACGGUUAUCGAAGAGAAAAUAGUUUUUUUCGCAUGCCUAUAA